CAGGCAGAGGUUCAAAUUCAAGUUCCAUUAUCUUCCAACUGUAGGUACUUAGUCAAGUUCUUGCGACUCUCUUUACAGUUCUUCAUAUUUAGUCAUCCAUUUGGACAUACAUAUGUUUAGUUAGCAACAUGCUUUUACGAAGGAAGAAAAGAAGAGCAGGAGAUAUCAAAAUGUAUCUUGGGAAAGACACACCCUGAGAGGAAUGAGCAAAGUAGCACUAAAUAGUAAACGAAUCCACUUAACACUAGAUGCUGGGAAAACAGAUGAGAUAGUUUCUGUUCUUUCCUUAAAAAAAGACUGAUUUAUAUUUAUCUGUGUACAUCUGUCUGAGUUUAUGUGCAUCACGUGUGUGCAGAUGCCCCCCGAGGUCAGAGGGUGACAGAUCCCUAAGAGUUAUAGGCAGUUGUAAGCCAUCUGAUACGGGUGUUGGAGACCAAGCUCAGAUCCUCUGCAAAACAAUAAGUGCUUUUUAACUGCUGAGCCGUCGCUCUAACCCUUGAGAUGGUAUCAAUUCUUAAAGUGACAUGGCCAUGACAGGCUUGUUUCUGGGGCAGGUGACAUCAAACUCACCAAAGAUGGCAAUGUGUUGCUUCACGAGAUGCAAAUUCAACACCCAACAGCUUCCAUCAUAGCAAAAGUGGCAGCAGCCCAAGACCAUAUCACAGGGGACGGCACUACCUCAAAUGUCCUGAUCAUUGGAGAGUUGCUAAAGCAAGCUGAUCUUUACAUUUCUGAGGGACUGCACCCUAGAAUCAUAGCUGAAGGAUUUGAUGUUGCAAAGACGAAAGCACUUGAAGUUUUGGAUAAAAUUAAAGUACAAAAGGAGAUGAAAAGAGAAAUGCUCUUAGAUGUGGCUAGAACAUCCCUAAGGACAAAAGUUCAUACUGAACUGGCCGACAUACUAACAGAGGCUGUGGUGGAUUCUGUCUUGGCUAUUAGAAGACCAGGUAUCCCUAUUGAUCUCUUCAUGGUGGAAAUCGUGGAGAUGAGGCACAAGUCAGAAACAGACACGCAGUUGGUCCGAGGAUUGGUUCUGGACCAUGGUGCCCGUCACCCAAGGAUGAAGAAGCAGGUGCAAGAUGCGUACAUCCUCAUUUGCAAUGUGUCACUAGAGUAUGAAAAAACAGAAGUGAGCUCUGGUUUCUUUUAUAAGACUGUAGAAGAGAAAGAGAAAUUGGUAAAAGCUGAAAGAAAAUUUAUUGAAGAUAGAGUGCAGAAAAUAAUAGACCUAAAGCAGAAAGUCUGUGCUGAGUCCAAUAAAGGAUUUGUUGUCAUUAAUCAAAAGGGCAUCGAUCCGGUUUCCUUAGAAAUGCUUGCAAAGCAUAACAUCGUGGCUCUUCGCAGGGCGAAAAGAAGGAAUCUCGAGAGGCUUACCCUUGCUUGUGGAGGAUUGGCUGUAAACUCCCUUGAAGACCUGAGUGAAGAAUGCUUGGGGCAUGCUGGCCUUGUAUUUGAGUACACAUUGGGCGAAGAAAAGUUCACUUUUAUUGAGGACUGUGUAAACCCUCUCUCUGUUACCUUGUUGGUCAAAGGACCAAAUAAGCACACGCUCAUACAGAUCAAGGAUGCCUUAAGAGAUGGACUUCGUGCGGUCAAAAAUGCUAUCGAAGAUGGUUGUGUGGUUCCAGGAGCUGGGGCAGUUGAAGUUGCCAUAGCAGAGGCUCUUGUGAACUACAAGCACUGUGUGCAGGGAAGAGCUCGCCUCGGAAUCCAAGCCUUUGCUGAUGCCUUACUCAUUAUCCCCAAGGUUCUUGCUCAGAAUUCUGGUUAUGACCUGCAGGAAACACUGAUAAAAAUUCAGACUAAGCAUGCUGAAUCAAAAGAACUUGUUGGCAUAGACCUGAAUACAGGGGAGCCGAUGGUAGCAGCAGAAGCGGGAAUUUGGGAUAAUUACUGCGUGAAAAAACAUAUUCUUCACUCUUGCACGGUGAUUGCCACCAACGUCCUCCUGGUUGAUGAAAUUAUGCGAGCUGGGAUGUCUUCUCUCCGAGAGUGAUUGAAUUCAGAAUCAUCUGCAUGACAAGAGUUCAUACGUGUCGUAUCCAGCAGCGUCACAUGGCCUUAACUGUUACAAAAUAAAGGUAGUGCAUGUC